AUGGCCUUGGUUGAUCGUCAUGUACCUGAUGUGGACUAUCGAAAAUACUCUCUCUUACCAGCGGGAAAACAUGCGGGUCAUUGCGAAUCACACAAUGGAGCCCCUGUAAAUGCCAAUGGCUCUGCGAAACCACGGCAAGACAAUGAAAGAAUUACACAAGCGAAACAGAAGAAGAGAAGACAAAAGAAGAAGAACGAAGGCGCUGUUGCAGUAAUCUGUCAAUGGGUUGUGGAUCAUCAAAUUGGUCUUUCGAUCAAUCUAAUACUCCUUCACGCCUUGAGUAGUAUUUUCAUACCUCGCGCACGAAAUACUACUCGCAAGUUCUACCAGUUAUCACAUUACAACCAGGCCUCUGGAAAGUACAGUGCAGGGUGGGACGAUCUCUACUUGGUUUGGUACUCGAUCGUCGCCCUGACUGGACUACGCGCAGCGACCAUGGAACAUGUGCUGGUGCCACUGGCGAGCCUUGGUGGUAUCAAUAAGUCGAAAGAGAGGGUCAGAUUCGCUGAACAAGCUUGGAUUCUCAUCUAUUAUUCCGUCUUCUGUCCUCUUGGACUGUCUAUCAUGUACAAUCGUGAGCACUGGCUCAACAACAAGGAGCUCUGGACUGGCUGGCCCAGUCGAGAGAUUGACGGAUCAAUGAAAUGGUAUUAUCUUGUGCAAUUCAGCUUUUGGCUGCAACAAAUUGUCAUCCUCGCUAAACUACUGAAAUAUAUGAAAUACCAACUUGCAUGCGACAUAGCUUUUGGCGUGUUCAUGUUGGUCUGGUUUGUGGCACGGCAUGUACUUUACCCAAAGGUGGUAUAUUCAGUUUACAAGGAUCUUCCGGAACAAACAAGAUACGGCUGCUACUCAGGCGGCGGGCAAAGCGUGAAAGGCCCUCUCGACUUUCCACCGGGGUACUCUUGGUUAUUGAGCCCAUUCCGAGACCCAGACGGUAUUGUCUGUUGGGAUGAUCGAGUGAAAUGGGGCUUUAUCUACGCCCUCUCUGCGUUGGAAGUCCUCUUCGUACUCUGGUUUAGCAUGAUCCUUAAGGUGGCCGUAAAGGUGUUGAAGGGCGGCGGCGCUGAUGAUUCAAGAAGUGAUGACGAAGACGAGGAAGAAGAGGAAGAGGCAGAGAUAGUUGAUAAUUCAACGCGCCAACAGCCUUCACCGCCACGACCUUACGAGGAAGAAGUAGGCGUUGAAGGGAUCACACUCCACAAGCAACGCUCAAGUCCGGUACGAAGAUUUAGGAAGGCCGGUGGUGUCUCCAGUGGGGUUACUCUUCAGAGUGACAGGAAGGAGCUUUUAGGUAGGAUUGGCUGUGAUGGAGGACACGAUUGA